AUUGGUUAGCAAAAACACCCUCCUCGAUAUUCCGGACAUGGAUUCUGCCUAAAGCAUUACCUUUUGCACUCUGCGGAUUCUGAGUUUGCCGGGGAGGACCCGUCCUGAGUCAGCUCCGAUCAGGUACACCCGCCUCCGGCCUUCUUCUCCGGGAAAAUUCUCGUCUGCCCAGUACGAAAGUUGCAAACUUGAAGCGACCUGCUGGGUUGAUUUUGAUUUUCAACAAUUUUCUCUGCUCAGUUCUGUUCCUCUGCUUCUCCGAGAUUCGCCUCUUUCUCCCGGCUGUCAAUUCAAGGAAGAACCUUGCUGGGGUUUGAUCGGACUCAGGGUUUAAGGCUGUGUUUUCACUAGUUAAAGAUGGGAAAUUUCUCGGUUUCCCGUGAUUAUGGCGAUUCAUUGAGCUGUGAGCUGAAUGAUGAAAUUUCCCAAACACUCUGCAGGGUUUAAGGCUUAACAUCUCAUCUGCACAUAGAUUCUUUUGCUGGGUUUCCAAAGUUUUGACGACUUGAUUUUGUUAUCAUCCUGCAAUAGUCGGUUCGGUUUCUUCAUACUUACUCACAGUUUCCAGCUGUUAUAUCCUAUCCUAGUGCUAAUUCCCUGUGGAGUAGAAUCUGAGUUGCAGGGGUUAUUAGACUAUCAUUCCCGAAUCGUUCCGACUUAUUCCCAAUGAUGGAGAAAGGUGUGCCUCCAUCGAGGUUCCUCUUCUACCUCGUGACUGUUUCUCUGUUCCUUUUCAUUUUCUUCUCUUCAGCAUUCCUCCUUCAAUUCACUGCCUCCCCUUUCACUCCCGGAGAGGUCUUGAAGCACAUUCUUAUUAAUACCACAUCACAUUACUUGAGACCUGAUGCCAGUAGAGAUCGAAUUGAAACUCCAUUGUCAUUGCAAACCUAUGAAAGCCUUUCUGUAGAAAGGGAGGGAGAGGGUAACGGUGAUUCUGAUACUAGCGAGGUCCCUGUCUGUGACCCUAAUCGGGCAAAGUUACAGGUGUUCAUGUAUGAUUUGCCCCCUGAGUUUCACUUCGGUUUGUUGGGUUGGAGAAGAAAAUCUAAUCGGACAUGGCCAUCAGUCGAUAAUCCUGGUGACAUACCGCCGUAUCCUGGCGGGUUAAACUUACAACAUAGCAUUGAGUAUUGGCUCACUCUCGAUCUCCUAUCCUCAACCACUCCUGGCAUCAUGAGACCUUGCACUGUGGUCAGAGUUAAGAACUCAACCGAAGCGGACGUCAUUUUUGUGCCGUUCUUUUCAUCUUUGAGCUAUAAUCGGUACUCCAAGGUUCAGGGAAAGGAGAAAGUUAGUGUGGACAAGAUGUUGCAGGGCAAAUUGGUAGAAUUCCUCAGAGGUCGCGAUGAGUGGAGGAGAACCAGAGGGAAGGACCACGUAAUAGUGGCCCACCACCCGAAUAGUUUGUUGGACGCAAGGAAGAAACUGGGCUCAGCCACGUUUGUGCUCGCUGAUUUUGGACGGUAUCCCAAGGAAAUUGCCAACAUCGAGAAAGAUAUCAUAGCUCCAUACAAGCAUGUUGUAAGGACCAUUUCUUCUCGGUCGGCCUCCUUUGAGAAGCGCCCAAUUCUAGCCUACUUUCAAGGAGCUAUUUAUCGGAAAGAUGGGGGAGUAAUCCGUCAAGAACUGUACUACCUCCUCAAAGACGAAAAAGAUGUUCACUUUGCGUUCGGAUCUGUAAAGGGGAAUGGGGUCCACAAAGCGGGCCAGGGAAUGGCGUCAUCCAAGUUCUGCCUUAAUAUAGCAGGGGACACUCCUUCCUCGAAUCGCCUCUUUGACGCAAUUGUGAACCAUUGCGUUCCUGUGAUAAUCAGUGACGAGAUCGAACUCCCAUUUGAGGAUGUCUUAGACUACUCAGAGUUUUGUGUUUUUGUCCGGGCAGCGGAUGCUGUGAAGAGAGGGUUCCUAGUGAAACUUCUCCGAGGAAUUGGGAAGGACAAGUGGACGAGGAUGUGGACAAGAUUGAAACAAAUAGUACAGCAUUUUGAGUAUCAGUACCCCUCGAAACCUGGGGAUGCUGUGGAUAUGAUAUGGGAAGCAAUUCAUAGAAAGACAUCGUCAAUGCGAAAUAAACUGCACAGGAAUAAAAGGUACCGAAGAUCAGAGCUCUUUGCAAAGGGUAAUUGAAUUGAAUAUUCCAUAAUGUGGAGCUUGAAUCAUUACGAUUGUCAAUAGGUGGGCAGCUAGGAAAUUCGAGAAAGAGGCAAGUGAUGAUUAUGACCCUUUUGUUUUCCGGUCUUGUUUCUUCUGUCAGUAGCAGACAUUCCUGGAAGGAUUCUUGUUAGAUGCUCAUACAAGGCGAAAUCGAUUGAUGAAAUUCAUUUUCAUUGCUGCA